CUUCGGUCUUUUGCCGCACAACACGAGGGCGUACAGUCAACUUCGGGAAAUUUUCUGACUUCAGUCCAGCCUCAAUAAACAAUGUUCAUAUUAAUUUAGUGAAAUCAAUCUGAAAAAAAAGUUCUUUAGAAUUAGAUAAAUUUAUGUUUUUUAUAACUCACUAUUGAACGUAAAGAAGGUAUCUGUUAAUAAAACUUUUACUUAUGGAGAAGUAUAAAGUUUUAAGUCAAGUUGGUGAGGGCUCAUUUGGUCAAGUUUUUAAAGCCAAAAAAAGAUGUAAUAAUGAAAUUGUUGCAUUGAAAGUAAUUAGAAAGUGUGGGCGCUCACACAAAGAACUAAAAAGUUUAAGGCAAGAAUGUAAAAUUCAAAGAUAUCUUCAUCAUCCUAAUAUUGUUCAAAUGAUUGAUUCCUUUGAAACUGAAAAUGAAAUCGUUGUUGUAACAGAAUAUGCUGAUAAAGAGCUAUACGAAAUUUUAGAUAAAACAGGAAGAUUUACGGAAGAACGUACUCGAGCAAUUGUUUGUGAUCUAAUUUCUGCUUUAUACUAUUUACAUUCCAAUCGUGUUUUACACAGAGAUUUAAAACCACAGAAUGUUCUUUUGGAAACAAAUGGUACAGCAAAGUUAUGUGAUUUUGGUUUUGCACGAAGUAUGAGUACAGGAACUCAUGUAUUAACCUCAAUAAAGGGUACACCAUUAUAUAUGGCACCUGAAUUAAUAGAAGAAUAUCCUUAUGACUAUAAUGCUGAUUUAUGGUCACUAGGAUGUAUUGCUUAUGAAAUGUUAGUUGGAAGUCCACCAUUUCAAACUACUUCUAUUCUUCAUUUAGUUCGCUUGAUUCGUUUUGAAGCAAUUAAAUGGCCAGAGUAUAUUUCUGACAGUUGUAAAAGUUUUUUACAGGGAUUAUUACAAAAAGAUCCAUCACAACGUUUAACUUGGCCAGAAUUAUUACAGCAUUCUUUUGUAAAAGGUCGAAUUUUAAUUAUUGACGAAGCUACGCCAACAUCCUUUACAACCCCAUUAUCGGCUAGUCAAGCUCGUGCAAAACAACGACAGUUUGACAACUUAGCUAUGAGAUCAGUAAAUAAAUCUCGGUUAUUAGAAAAUAAUAUUGAGAUAGAUGAUGAUAAUUAUUAUCGUGCGUUCAUUUCUCAACCACGAUAUCCAAUUGCUGCUAUUCAUAAAGAUCCUUCGAGCAAAACAGCUUACUACAAUAGUCUAUAUCAAAGUGCACUACUAAGCAGUUCGGAUUCUAGUGUCGACGUUCUACUUGGUAACUUAAGUCUUCGAGAAUCUCUUCAAAAUGAUCUCAUUACUGCUGAUGAAAUUUUUAACAAAAUUAACUGUCUUGAUAGUGCGUGUGCAAAUCAACAACAAAAGCUACCCGAAUCGUCUAAAGAGAAUGUUGACAAUGUUAACAAUUUAUUGAAUAAUUUCAAUAAUUUUGAAGACUAUGAUCAUUUCAAUAAUAUCGAUAAUAAACAGUUUAAUAAAGAUAUACAUAAUGGUGAAUGUCAUCAAAACAUAAAUUAUAAUGUGAUAAAUGGAAAAUCAAAUCAAAAGUAUGAACCUAAUAAUAAAGAUUCUGAAUGUUCAAAAAAAUACAAAAAACUCUCAGAUUGUAAUGCCAUAAAUGAGUAUAUAGAAAACGAAGAAUGGGUUGCAUUUCUUCAGCGAUCUAUGGAAGAAGUUAUUGAAGGAGAAAUUGGAUCUCUUAUAGAAGAAACUUGUGUAUCUGUUUUUAUAUCACCUUUGAAAAAUAUGACAGCUAGUAGUCAAGUGAUAGAAUAUAUUGCCUGUCUUUUAUCUUUGCCAUUUGUAAUUUCAAUUUCUCAAGAAAAUAUAGUAAAAAUUCAAAAAGUUUACUGUAAAACUCAAGUUGUACCAAAUUUAAUAUGUGCAAUGAAUAUUAUUUUUACUAAAAAUUCUCAAAACAGUCAACAAACAACUGUGGAUAAUUUCAGUUCACAAUGUACGGCUACGCUUUCGCCAGAUCAACUUCAAGCUUUAGAAUGUUCUAUGCUUUUACUAUGCCGAUUGGUUUAUGCUAAUCAGCAACUUUUAAAACAAUUUUGUCAUACCAUGUGUAUGAAAAAUAAAAUUUCGUUUAUGCAUCAAGUUUUUAAAUUAGAGAAAAGAAAGCCACGAGUUGUGGCAGAUUUAUUAGCUAUUCUCAAUAAUAUUUUAAGAUUACUACCUGAAAAUGGACAAUUAGUAGAGAAAAUUAUAUUCAGUACACAAAGUUCGAGUGAGCGAAUUGAACAACUAAUCAAACUUUUAACUCAUCAUCAAACUAUUUUAAAAACAAGAACCUGUACUUUUCUACGAUUAUUAGCCAAAUUUGAAUAUAAGUUCUUUAAAACUAUUUGGGAGAAACCAUUAAAGAGUGCAAUAAAAACUUUGACUAAUUACAGUGGUGAUAAUGAUGAUGAUGAAAAUAUAAAAAAUAUUGCCAAAAAUACUAUUAAUGAAAUUGAAAAUUUAUCAAACACAUGUACACAUAUUAAUACAAAAUGACAGUUAAUUGAAAGGUAUGAUGGAAAACAUUAAUUUAUUUAUUGUCAUUAAACAAUUAAAAACAA